AUGGAGGCCGAUUCGAAUACGAAGGUAGGAACGGUUACUGUAGUUUCAGGCCGGACCCAGUUUGAACUUAGCCUAAGAUUCAAUAUUUCCAGGCCUACCGUAUAAUCGGCUACAUUACCGUAACCCUCUCAACAUUAGUUAUCAUCUCAAUGUGUGUCACUUUGCCAAUUCUUCAUUCUUAUAUUCGAGAAAUCCAAACAUCCAUGAAAAUCGAGAUGAAUCAAUGUCAAAAUUCGGCGAAAUCACUUUGGGUCGAUGUUUAUAUGCUGAAACAGUCAGGAGGGAAUAGAACUGCAAGACAAGCUGGAUAUGAUUAUUCGGAGAAUGAGGUGAGGAUCUCAAAUAUUCCGGAAUAUUUUCACAAAAAAUAGAUAUGAAUAUUUUGAAACAGUGAGAAAUUUGAGCCAACAAUUGUGUUUUUAAUCUCACACGGUGUAAAAUUCGCAAUGAUCAGAAAAAACUUUUCAACAAAAAAAUUAUGAAUAUUUUGAAACAGUGAAAAAUUUUAUAGUCGAAAAAUUCAAAAUAAUUUCUUCUUGCAAUUUUCAAGGAUUUUUUGAUGGAGGGAUAGAAAAAAGAAAUGUAUCAUGGGGCUAUUCAAGUAUUUUCUCAACACGCUGAGAAAACAGGAGAAAUGCGGAGAAAAUGUAUUUUCUUCACUUUUUUCGUAUUUUCUCAGCCUGCCUGAAUAGGUUUUCUUCGCUUUUCUCAGCGUUGAGAAAAUAACUUGAAUAGUCCCAUCAGAAAAAAAUCGCAAAAAAAUUUAUAUGAAAUUUUUGAAACAGUGAAAAUUGUCGAGAAUUACUGUGAAAUUAGAUAUACGUAAAACAUUGUGGAAAUCCAACAUUUUCAGAUUUUCAGCUUAAACUGUAUGCUGUAUAUAAGCUUGAAAUUCAGUUUCUAAGAAACCAGUGCUAAAAUUCCACGUGGCAUCAUAAAUUAUUUCAAAUUAUUGAAACAGUGAAAAAUUUUGUAUACAUGGUUUUUUUGGUUCGAAUUUAUCUAACAAAUCGAAAAAAUUUGAGUGGGAACAAGUUAAUCAAUCGCAUUGUUAGUUGAAUUUCAAAUAUAAGGUUGUUAUUUUCUUUAAGCCAAAAUCUACGAACGUUGGAAUAAAAAAGAUUUUCAAUUUCAACUUGUCGCAAUUGUAGAUUUUGGCUUAUGGGGUGAUUCAGUCGAAUUAAUCGACGUGAAUUUGUCAAUUAAUUGACAAAAAUCCGAGUCUUUUAGGGCGAUUAAUUUCACGUUUUUGUCAAUUCCUCGCUUUCAUUUCUUGGCAAAAAAUGCGAUUAAUUGCAUGAAAAAUAGAAUUUAUUUGACCAAUAUUUUUAAACGUGACCUAUAUGAGUUGGAAUUAUCAACAAAAAACUCAUCUUCUCUCAAUUUUCUUUCAUUUCGAAAUGAAUUAAAAAACCAACCAAAAAAUUAAGAACACGUUUCGAAAAAAAGGUCAAAUAAAUUCUAUUUCAUUUUGCAAUUCCUCAUUUUUGAAUGCAAUGAAUUGCAAAAAAUAUGGAAUUAAUCGACAAAAACGUGAAAAAGUCACACAAAAAAGACUCGGAUUUUCUGUCAAUUAACCGUAAAAAAACGAAUUGAAUCACCCCAUUAAAGAAAAUAACAACAUUAUAUUUGAAAUCGAAAAAAAAAUGGAAAAAAAAUUUAUAUGAAAUUUUUGAAACAGUGAAAAAAUUUUUCAUAAAAAAAUGAAAAAUUUUAAUUUUUCGGGAAUUUCUGUGAAGUUAUAGCUGGGUAAGAAUUUUGAAACAGUGAAUAAUUUUAUCAUCUAAAAAUUUCAGCUCAAUAAAUUCAGAUUUAAUUUUUCUGCGAUAUCGAAAGAUUACAUCAGAAAAAUUCUACAAUAAAAUUUAUAUGAAAAUUUUGAAACAGUGAAAAAUUUCAUGAGAAAAACUGAAAUGUAUAACAUUUUGAGAGUUUCUCAAUAUAUAUUGGUUUCUAUAUCAGAAGCAAAUCAACCCUAACAUAAAAUAUUGUAAAAUAUACAUCAUAAUUUUGAAACAGUGAGAAAUUCUUCCUUUCAGAAGCCCACAAUCUUCUCACCACCUCCAACAUUGGGUAUCAACAAUCAUCACGGUUCCGAUGUCAGUAGUGGUUAUGACAGUGAGCCAAGUCCACCAGCUCCAGUGCCAGUGGAGCUUGAGAGCACAACUCAAGAGAUUCCAAGUACCACUACGACUAAGAAGCGCCUGGUGAAGACUACAACCCAGGAGCCUACUACAGAGAAGAGCACUACACAAGAAUAUGAGCCGAGCACCGAGGAGCCUACACCACCUUCUGCGAGCUCCACCCAAGAAGCUAGCACUACACAGGAGCCUACCAGAACUUCUACCUUGGAGUAUUUGAAAUCUACAGUACCACCAACAACUACAGUACCUCCAACAACCACAACAGAAGCCCCAACACCCCAACCAACUUGUGAGAAUUGCUGUUUGCCUGGCCCUGCAGGCCCGGCAGGCCCACCAGGCCGACCAGGUCCCUCAGGAAAAGGCGGAGCUAAUGGCUACCCAGGAAACCCGGGCAGGCCUACCAAGAAGCCUUGCAUUGUGCCAACCGCUCCACCAUGCAAGCCAUGUCCACAGGGCCCACAAGGGCCCGCGGGCCCCCCAGGGCCUCAAGGAAAUAUUGGACAACCUGGGCCGUAUGGUGAGAAGGGUGAGCCCGGGCCACCCGGGCCACCUGGACAGCCUGGACGACGAGGCGAGAAGGGUAAACAUGGGCCGGCUGGGGAGGUCGGUGAGCCUGGAGAGGAUGUGCGUGAAGUUCCGGCGGUUCCCGGGCCACCUGGGCCACCAGGAAUUCCUGGAAAGCGAGGGCCGAAGGGGGCUCAAGGCCUCAAUGGGAAGGAUGGACAACCGGGAGAGGCUGGAGAGCCCGGAGAGCCUGGAGACGAUGGAGCUGAUGGGGAAAACGGUGUGCCUGGAAAUCCAGGCCGGCCCGGGCCUGAUGGAUCGAGCGGAGAGAAGGGCGUGUGUCCGAAAUAUUGUAGCGCUGAUGGCGGUGUGUUUUAUGAGGAUGGAACUAGGAGAUAA